GUAAAAUUCCUUUUUUUUGAAACAUAAUAUGCCCCUUUUGAACUUUGACUACUAGAUUAAAACUCUGUACAAUGUUCUAUAAUGUACGUUCUUCGCCGAAUCUACGAGCCGACAACGUGCGUUGUUUACAUAUACAAAAUUAAGAAUGUACUUCCAAGGUUAAGUUGAUUAUAGCUUUUUCAUUGUUAUUCCUAACAUUCGCACAUUCGCAUUCCGGAAAAUAUGACAUUCGAAACAUCCCUAUUUCACAUACACGCAUGCAAUUUAUUUAUCCAAUUACGUUCCUGCGUUUUCACUUGAUGAGCUCACGUUCAAUAAUGGCAAUAAUAAUGAAGUAAAGAAUUGGAAAAAAUAGCUUUGUUUUUCAAAAACUGUAAAUGUUACUAUCAAAAUAAUUUCUAGUAACAAAAAUAUGCGCUAGUGCCAAAAAUUAAGGCUUUCUGCAAUUGCCACCAAAAGCUCUACAUAUUAAUGGAGUAAUCCGAAGAACGUGGAAGGUACUGUAAUAUUGGUAGUGAUUUUUUCGUAUAAGUAUGAAUUCAUAUGCGGUGUAUUCACAUUUUGAGAGCACCAAUAUGACUGUCAUAUGCCCAGACUUUUGUUUAUAAUCAAUUAUCUUUAGAAUACACAAACAACGAGGAACCACUGGCAUUAAGAAGGAUUGGUUGGCAGACGGCGCAGUCGACGCUGAUACAUAUUAAUCGAGCAAGGAAGAUACCUAUAAGAAGUUGACUCGCAUUAAGUUUAUAAGAGAAAGUCAAGUUUCAUUACUGGACUGGUAACUAUAAUGGUGGAUAAAGACGAAGAAAAGAAUAUUGUAUCAAACAAUAUAGUCCAGAACCAGGAUAAAAAUAGUAUAACGCAAAAAUCCCAGAAUUCCUCGCCACCAUCAUAUACGCCAAAUGCAUCUAUAAAUACGGGAGCAAGCUGCAGUCAGAGCGCGGUGAAUCCAUCUCACUCGGUAGGCAGUCAUAACCAUCCAAAAUUGAUACCCAUCCAGAGUGUACUAAACACCACUGAAUCACACCAUCAGAGUCCUACCGCAUCGAGUCAUCAAACUAAAGGUCAUGAUAAUACGGCAACGGCAGCAUUCCCACAGUUUCUUACCAGCGGUAGCAAUGCCCAUGCUCAAGUAGCUACCGAGUUGCCACAAGAAGACGAGGAAAGGCUGGAGAAGCUGUUCAAGCGUCUUGAUCGGGAUGGAAAUGGUCGAAUAGAUAUUCAUGAUCUUUCUGAAGCGUUACGAGAGUUUGGUCUUUCGAGUGUCUACGCUGAGAAAUUUCUGGAGCAAUCUGAUAUUAAUCAAAGUGGCGAUGUUGGGCUUGCCGAGUUUGUUUUCUAUGUACGAGAACAUGAAAAGAAUUUGCGACUACAGUUUUCGCACUUGGAUAAAAACAAAGAUGGUAAAGUAGACUUGGAGGAACUAAUCGACGCCUUCAAAGAUUUGGGCAUAGAAGUUGACCCAGAAGAGGCAACAAAUCUACUGUCACGAAUGGAUCAAGAUGGCAGUUUAAAUAUUAGCUUUAAUGAAUGGCGCGAUUUUCUACUAAUGGCACCAUCCACGGACAUUCACGAUUUGAUAAAAUUCUGGCGGCAUUCUACUUACCUUGACAUUGGCGAAGAUUUAAAUGUACCUGAUGAUUUCACGCAAAGUGAAAUGCAGACCGGCAUGUGGUGGCGUCACCUGGCUGCAGGCGGUGUCGCGGGUGCAGUGUCGCGUACAUGCACAGCUCCAUUAGAUAGGAUAAAAGUGUUCUUGCAGGUUCAAACACAUAAAACCGGAAUCUCUGAUAGUUUAAGAUAUAUGCUGAAUGAGGGCGGCAUCCGUAGUAUGUGGCGCGGCAAUGGCAUUAACGUUUUGAAAAUUGCGCCCGAGUCGGCAAUCAAGUUUGCGGCAUAUGAAAAGAUUAAGCGGCUCAUAAGGGGCGACGAGAAGCGACAGAUGACGAUUGGCGAACGCUUCAUGGCGGGUGCAGCGGCGGGUGGUAUUUCACAAACUAUCAUCUAUCCAAUGGAAGUAUUAAAAACCCGGCUGGCAUUGCGCAAGACCGGUCAGUAUACCGGCAUUUUGGAUGCUGCGAAGAAGAUCUAUUUACUGGAGGGUGUACGAAGUUUUUAUCGUGGUUACAUUCCGAAUAUGUUGGGCAUUAUUCCUUACGCCGGCAUUGAUCUGGCAGUGUAUGAAACCUUGAAGAAAAAGUAUUUGAGCAGUCAUAAUACGGAGCAGCCAAGCUUUCUCGUUCUUUUGGCUUGCGGCAGUGCAUCUAGCACCUUGGGACAGGUGUGCUCCUAUCCAUUGGCUUUGGUACGGACACGGCUUCAAGCGCAAGUUGUGACCAAAAAUAAGCAACCAUCAGUGGGCAUACCACUAAGACAAGCGGGUGCAAUCAACGACGACAACAUGUUUGGUGUCUUUCGCAAAAUCAUACAUAAUGAGGGCAUAUUUGGUUUGUAUCGAGGCAUUACACCAAACUUUAUCAAAGUGCUUCCGGCAGUUUCCAUUAGCUAUGUGGUGUAUGAGUACUCAAGCCGUGCAUUGGGUGUGAAUAUGACGUGAUCGCUCUACCUUAGGAUCAAUAUGUUAACAUUUUAGUGGUCUUAUUAUAUGCCGUCGGCUCAGAAGCCCAUUGUGAAUUGCUCUAGCACUUUAUUGUACUGUUGUACUUUUACUCCCAGUAACUCUGCCUAUAUUUAAAUGCUACAAUUGUGUGUAAUUCAUUUUCUUCGAUUUAGUAAUAUUGUAGUGAUAAUUUAGCAAAGAUGCUCCGCGUGAUACUAAUUGCUAAUUACAUAAUAAACAAAUUGAAAAAUGAAUAGCUGAUGGAAAAUAU